GUGGUGGUGUUGGUGGUGGUGGUGGUGUUGUUGGUGGUAGUGGUUGUGGAGGAGGAGGAAGACGAGAAGGUUGUGGUGGAGGUGUUGAAGAAAGAGAAAAAGAUUGAUAGAGGGCAAACUCUCGUAGUAUUAUCCACUGUUAGUAAUAAUAAUAACUGCGUUGGUAAUAGCGUACGGGAUUAGUACAAAUUUAUUAGAAAAGGAGACAAAAGGAACGAAAAAAAGAAGUAGAAGUAGAAACUUAAGUAAAAGUAGAAGUAAAAGAAGUGAAAAAAGAAAGGCAAUAGAAAGAAGAGGUUGAGUAGAUAGAAGAAGAAGAAGAAGACGACAAGGAGGAGGAGGAGAAGGAGGAGGAGAGGUGUAGGUGGACAGACGACGCGUUCAACGACGUGAUCGUCAAGUGUCUGACCGCGGGGGAGCGGCAGGAUCGCAAAGAGAUUGUGGUAGUAGUGGUGGUGGUGGUGGUUGUGUUGCUGCUGACAGUGGUGGUGCUGCUACUGCUGCUGCUGCUGCUACUGCUGCUGGCGCUGCUCGAAUAACAGAAGGUGAAGGAAGUGGAGGAGGAGCAGGUGGAGGAGGAGGAGGAGGUGAAGAAGAAGAAGAAGAAGAAGAAGAAAGUAGUAUAUGUCUAUGCACGCGGCAGGAUUCAACGAGGAGAAGAGCAAGGACUUUUAAGGGCGUCGAAAGAACGAACCGCUGCUGAUUUUGCUAUCUUAGCUGCUACUGCUACUGCUGCUGAUUCUGCUGAUUCCACUGCCGCUGCUGAUAUAAUCGAAUAGGAAAAAUAAUAAAAGAAUAUUGGCCAAAGGACGUACUGGAAUAUUGGCCAAAGUCGAAGUACUUGCAUUGUAUUUGGAGUAGGUCGGAAAGAUAAGAGAAAAAAAAAGAGAGAGAGAGAGAGAGAGAGAGAGAGAGAGAGAGAGAAGGUGGUGGUCUUGAAUAAUCUUAGCGGAGAAAAAUAGAAGAAGAAAGAAAAGGGAGUAGCAGCAGCAGCAGCAGCACCAGGUGGCCCAACGUUACUACAUUUCUUUUAUUUUCUUUUCUUUUUCUUCCCCCCUACGUAAAGGGGGGAGGGUGGGACGGUGAGAAGGAGACUAAGAAGAGGGUGCCCCACGAAGGAAAGGAGUGGAGGGGGUGUGGAGAGUUGUGUGCCGGCGAAGCUCGUGUCCGGAGCUCUGGUGUCAGAGAAAAAUACGGUGGCGGUGGCGACGAGGACGACUGAGGAGAAGGGGUGCGAGAGAGGAGGUAGAAGAAGAAAAAGGGUGCGUGGGGCGCGGUAGUGGAGGAAAGAGGAUAGGUGAGAGGAGUAGUGAGAAAAGGAGAAAAGAGGAGAGGAGAAAAGAGAAGAGAAGAGGUGAGGUGAGGUGAGGAAAGGUGAAGAAAAGGUGAAGAGAGGGGUGAGAAGAGGGGUGCGUGGCUCGUUCUUGCGUCGACGGCGGUCGCCUUGCGCCGGCCGACCCACCACUGGCUGCCUGGCCCGCUUUCUGCUGGCCGGCUCUUUUAACGAGUGCUCAAAGAGCGCGGGGGUGGCGUUUGUGAAGGCAACGUGUACCAAAAUGGGCUGUGCAAUGUCCGCGGAAGAGCGGGCCGCUCUGGCCCGCAGCAAGCAAAUUGAGAAGAAUCUCAAGGAGGAUGGUCUUCAAGCUGCCAAGGACAUCAAGCUCCUAUUACUCGGAGCUGGUGAGUCUGGCAAGAGUACCAUCGUCAAACAAAUGAAAAUCAUUCACGAAAGCGGUUUUACGCCAGAGGACUUCAAACAGUACAGACCCGUCGUUUAUAGCAACACGAUACAAUCACUCGUUGCUAUUCUCAGAGCGAUGCCAACACUCGGAUUAAAUUUCUCGACCAACGAGAGAGAGACUGACGCAAAAAUGGUCUUCGACGUUAUCCAACGAAUGGAGGACACCGAGCCAUUUAGCGAAGAACUUUUAAUGGCCAUGAAGAGGCUCUGGACCGAUAGCGGUGUCCAAGGAUGUUUUGGAAGGAGCAAUGAAUAUCAACUUAAUGAUUCUGCGAAAUACUUCCUGGACGACUUGGAUCGAUUAGGCGCAAAAGACUACCAACCAACGGAGCAGGACAUAUUGAGGACUCGAGUUAAAACGACUGGUAUCGUUGAGGUCCAUUUCUCAUUCAAAAACCUUAAUUUCAAAUUGUUCGACGUGGGUGGACAAAGAAGCGAACGUAAAAAAUGGAUACAUUGCUUCGAGGAUGUUACAGCGAUUAUUUUUUGCGUCGCUAUGUCCGAAUAUGAUCAGGUCUUGCACGAAGAUGAGACUACGAAUCGAAUGCAAGAGAGUUUGAAGUUAUUCGAUUCAAUUUGCAACAACAAAUGGUUCACCGACACCUCGAUCAUUCUUUUCCUGAAUAAGAAGGAUCUGUUCGAGGAAAAGAUACGCAAGUCUCCCUUGACGAUUUGCUUCCCGGAGUAUGCAGGUGCGCAGGAAUACAGUGACGCCGCUGCCUACAUUCAGGCGCAAUUCGAAGCGAAAAACAAGUCCACGACGAAGGAGAUUUACUGCCACAUGACCUGUGCCACCGACACGAAUAACAUUCAAUUUGUGUUCGACGCGGUUACAGAUGUAAUCAUCGCCAAUAAUCUGCGUGGCUGCGGACUCUAUUAGGUUAAUUCCGUAUUCUAUAUUAAGCGUUAACAAAAUGAAGAUGAUGAUGAUGACGAUGAUGAUGACGAUGAUGACGAAUACGACGUUGACGUUGACGAAAACGACGAUUACGACGAAGACGAUGACGACGGUGAUGAUAAUGACGACGACGACGACGAUG